AUGAAUACCGUACAAGUCUAUGUAUAUUUUCAACUUUUCACGGCAAUAAUAUCGACAACAGCACUUCAAUCUCCAUGUCAAUAUAUCGAUUCAACUGAACAGAUAUUUAAAUGUGAUCUAUGUCAAUGUUUCUCCGCGCCAGCAAGCUUUUGUCCCGUAAAUUCACGCUUAACUUGUUCGAAUAACACUCAAGAUGAUUUUAAUCAAAUUCCUCUCUUGUCAUCAUCAAAUCAACUUGAAUUACAUCAUUUUAACAACGAAGUACCAACUUACGAACCAAUCUGUGCAAUAAAAACCUUUUCGCAAUUAAAAUAUUACCAAUCAAUAGUUUCGACGAUACCACAAUGCUUAUCGUCGAUCUCAUCGAUCUAUUUCGUUCAUUCAACGAUUCAUCGAAAUCGAUUCUCUUCGAACAAGUUGAUUUUCUACAAAUCAAUGUUAAAUUUUACGAAUUUGAAUCUGACGUCAACGAAGAUCUUGACAUUGGAUUCAGUUCAAUUUCUUGUUAAACCAUUUCAUUUGAAUUCGUUAAUAAUGUUGACACAUUUAACUAUCACACACACAGAAGAUUUCUAUCUUCUCGGUUCGUAUCCUCAACUUUCGUAUCUCAAUUUAGACAAUACGAAUUUAACUGAUAAACAACUAAAUCGAAUCUUUACUCAAACAACAAUUCCGGACUUGACAACAUUGAUCCUUUCGAACAAUUAUCUCACAACAUUGGGAAAUCGUUUUCCUUCGACCAUUCGUUACUUAGAUCUCUCAAAAAACCAAAUCAAAUCUUUGAAUUAUUAUUCCUUCAAAUCUCUUUAUUCAUUGAAUAUCUUAAACAUAAGUUACAAUUGGCCAUUAGAAAUUCAACAGGAUACUUUCACACGUAUACCUUAUCUAGAAAUUCUUGAUAUAAGUUAUACUUUACCAACACUACCAUUCGAUGAUCUAUUUCUACCGUUACAGAAACUUCGACAUUUGAAUGUUUCAUCCAAUGCACUGGAUACUCUACCGCAUUUACCGAUUCCACAUGACGCACAUAUGAUUGAAAGCUAUGAUCAACAUUUGCCUGUUCUGUACGUUGAUCUUUCGAAUAACAACUUCGAAAAGCUCGAUUUGGACGUGUAUUCCUCGUCAUCGACACAAGAUAAAUACAUUCUUUCGUUAAAUAUGAAUUCGAAUCGGAUAAAAACUCUGAAAUCUUCUUCAAUGCUAUCGAAUGAUGCGAAACGACGUGGUCCAUUCAUCGAAUUCGAACUGAUGAACAACUCCUUGGAAUGCGAUUGUGAUUUAUAUGAAAGCAUCAGUCAGCUAUUACAAACGAAUUCAUCACUGCAAAGAGCAAAUACAGGAAAUACAUCGGCGUCUAAUCAACUAAUAAAUCGUAUCAGAAUUAUUCGAUUGUCUAAUCUAACAUGUCUGGAUUUGAUUGAUCCAACAAAUUUACACUCGUUAUAUGACUUAAACUCAUCGAACAGUUUUUGUUCGUAUACGAAAUCUUGCCCAUCAACAUGUUCGUGUUGUUUAACAUCUGUCUCAUCAAAUGAUUGUCAUUGUUAUUCGCAAUGUCCACAUCAAUGUUCAUGUAAGCAUUCAGUUGAUUUAACGCAUAAUUCAGUGAAUUGUUCCAAUCAACAACUGUAUCAAAUACCGGCAGAUCUUCCCCAUUCGACAACGCAUCUCUAUUUGGACAAUAAUGAGAUUAGAUACUUCGAUCAUAACUUUACGUACUUAACACGAUUGAAAGCUCUUUCGUUAGCGAACAAUUCAUUUGAAUAUUUGACAAAUUAUGAUUUUUUUACAAUGAAUCGAAUAGAAUACCUCGAUUUAUCCUCGAAUCAUAUCAAACACAUCCAGUCGAAAACAUUCAUUAAUCUGAUUAAACUCAAGAAACUUUAUCUACAUAAUAAUGACUGGAUGCCAAAUUUUUAUCACCAGGAAAAUCUUUUUCAGUCAAAUAUUCGCCUUGAUCUGUUAACAUAUGGAAAUGGAUUGACAUGCAAUCGUUCGACAAUCUCCUCGAUGAUCAUUAAUGAACGACCAUUAACAGCGGAAGAUUGCUGCUCAACAUAUACCGAUGUAUACGCAUGUGAAAAGAAAUUUCGAGUGGAUAGAUACAAUCUCAAACAUGAAUUGAGUUCAACAUAUUCGAAAACUUAUUUUUUCUUCAUAUUGUAUCAGAAAUAUAUCCUUUUCGGCUUAAUCAUUUGUUUAUUCGUUAUUAUAUGUUUGAUAACUAUUUACAUCAAUCGGAAAAAACGAGAAUUUCUCGCAAAAGAAAAACUUCUGUUAAAUGCUGAUCUGAAACUCGAGACAAAUCUUUACGACACAAAAGGAAUGAAAUACAAUCAACAAGGAAAUGAUAAUUCGAUCUCUUAUACAGACGAAGAUGAAUAUGCUUCCAUACCUUUGACGACUUCUCAGACAGAUUUAAGUUCAAUCAUUCAUUCUCAAACCAUUAUACCUCCACUUCCACCGCGACGGCAGUUCAUUUCCAAUCGUCCAGUUUCACAUUCAUCAACUGUCUCAACGACGAUCACUAGUCCAAAUUUUUCCUCGCUAACCACUACUCAUUCAUGUUUACAGAUCAAACUCGACGUACUCGUACUCUAUUCAAUAACCGAUAGUAAAUACAUUCAUGACAAUAUCGGCCAACAACUGGAAGAUGCCUACGGCAAACGAUUUAGUUUCCAUUUUAUUCAUCGCGAUCGAAUGUUAGGUGAACUGGACUGGUUAAUCGAAAAUUCUUGUGUAACAAUCUUAAUUCUGCGUAAACCAUACAAUCAGAUUCAUGAUUAUAUGAAAAUUUUAUCCACAUAUGCAUCGUUGAAAUGUUUUAUCAUCUUAAUCAAUCAUGAACCGAACCAUCGAUUGAUUUCGAUCAAAGCUCGAGAAAAGAUUGCACGAUUGUAUCGAACAUCCGACAUAUUCGAAUGGAAUUCUGAUCCAAAGUCUUUGUUACAUGAACAAUUAGAUUUAUUUCUCGAGCAAAAUUGUGGUUCAGCUACUUACGUCCCAGAUUGA